AUGACUGGAAUAUUCAAACUUUUCUGCCAGCAAAUUUUAACAUACUACUUUAUUUUUAUAUUUGCGCAUUUCGUAACUGAAUUAACGGUAUAUUAUUUGCUUCUGACCCCUUCACUAGAUAAACAAUGCAACACAGAUAAUUCUAACAAAACUGGUGAGUUGCUUCAGCAGUCAUCUGGAGAAAUAUUGUCGAACUCUAAGAUUAAUCCAUCACAGACUUAUUCAGAAGUUUCUUAUAAUUUAUCUGUGCAAGACGGUCCGGCACAUGGCGACACAGAUUAUAGGAAAGAGCAGAAUGAGCUCAACAACUAUACCGUCCUGCAAGUAGCUCGGGAGGAUCAAGGCUUUUCAGACAAGAUCUCUUCGGCCCAAUUGAAUUGUUCACCUACGAGGCGUAAAAAACUUUCUAUAAACCUGGAGCCCCUGGGGGUCUCUGAAUAUUUAAGCCGAACCUCGUCCCGAGGUCUCCGCGAGUCUCGCACACCGACUCCGACUGCCAUAAAAUGCUCAGCGCAUCGUGAUAAUUUUGAAAGGGAUAAAUUUUCUGGAACACCUCCUAUUAGGGGGGUAAGUGUGAAUGAUUAUCAAGUCGAGAAAACCGAAUUUGAACACUCACAGAGUCUUGACUCUAACUUUUUAAAUUCUCCAAUAUCUCCGGUUCCUGUGCAAAAUUCAUCUCACGAAUCUCUGAGUGAAUCUAUCGUGUCGACUACUUCUAAUAUUCAGACUCCGAAGAGAAUCGCAAUUUCAGGGAAACAGCUGCUUGCCGAAGAGUCUGACCAUUCACCCAAUCCUGUUGAUUUGAGCAUUGAUCUUGAGACAGAUAUAAAAAGCUUUUUUGAUGGUCUCUCCAGAAGUCAAUACUCAAAAGGGCAAGUGACUAUUCUUAUUCUACAUAUGUAG